AUGGACUCGAAAGGCCCUACCAACAUCCCACAUUUCUGCCACGCUUGUCAGCGAACCUUUGUCGACGCAAACGCGUUACGCAUGCAUCGUCGCUCCUCCAAAGCACAUACUACCGAACGUCCAGUUUCACCAACAAAACCAAUCCCAGGAACCAGGCUUAUGCCGAAAGUCAGGUCCAUUAGCCCCACGGAUCGCAACGGUCCCAACACGGAGUCAAGCUCCAAACCCCAGUGCAAGCUCUGUAACAGGGCUUUCAAAGACGAGAAUGCACUGAGUGACCACGAGCGCUCGCAGAGCCAUAAAGACAAGUACAAAGCAAGCCAUGCAGUUUUGAUAGCAGGCGCAGGCAGUAAAAAUCCAGAGUCAACAAACGAGACAGUCCAGAAGAAGCCGCGGUCGAGAGGUAAGAAAAAGAGCUCGAGAUCUACCGUCGUCUCUGCUGCAGAAGCAGUGAAUAAACGGGAAAAACCUGCGUUCACGUCUAUGCCGACCUCUUCGUCUACUGCGAUGGUUAGUCUGUCGACAACAAUGGCUGCGCCUUCUGCCCAGCCUGGAGACGGGGAGCGUAAAGACGAGUUAGCUCUUCAUACUAUUGUUCUGCCUCAAUCUAAAGUUCCAGUCCCAGUUCCAGUCCCACUGAGCAAAUCAGAAAGCCUCGUUCAACAUAACUGGAAGGAAUCAUGGUCAGGCUCAUGGACAUCUAUUCCGCUCGCCGAACGCGAGAGCAUGCUCCGUUUGCUCGAAACAAAAUGCCACUCAAGGAAAUCUCUCGCCAAAGAGCACUACUGGAUGCGAGUUCCAACUCAAGCGGAGAUCGAGAUGACGAGAAAAUGCGAUAACUGUGGGGUCACGAAAGGGCAAACAGAUGCCACAGGUUCUUCGAGCGCGAGUUCAAAAUGCCGGUUUCACCCAACUAAAAAGGGUUUCCUGAGUGAGGUUCGCGGGCGAGGACACGGAGCCCGGAAAGCCCGGUGCAUCAACUGCCAGCACUACGGGAUGAGCAACGGCUGUAUAGAACUUCUAACCCACGACUUCAAACAAGCAGACAUCAAGUUCGCACAGUCAAGGCCAAGCCCGGCGAAGAAUGCCAAUGCUCGGCAAGCCGUCGUGCUGGACUGCGAGAUGGUCGGCGUUGUUGGUCCUAACAACAGCGAGGUCAGCGAGGUGGUUCGCCUUGCUGCGGUGGACUUUCUGAGCGGGGAGGUUCUGGUUAAUACCUUCGUUGAGCCGGCUGCUGAUCAGCGCGUUAUCAACUGGCGGACCCGGGUGAGCGGUGUGAACAAGUCUCUUCUGAGCGAGAUGAAGAAACAAGGGCAGACAGUGCAAGGUUGGGAAGCUGCGCGGGAUCUUCUGUGGAUGUUUGUCGAUAAGCAGACUAUACUGAUAGGGCAUAGUCUUCAUAAUGACCUGGCAGUGCUGGGAAUGGUGCAUCAGCGGAUCGUGGAUUCGGCGAUCUUGACAAGGGAUGCGGUUGCUGGUGCGAAGGAGGACUGCGCCAGGGUCAGGAAGCUUGCUAAAACGUUCUUUGAAUUGGACAUACAGACAGGAAAGGGACAUGAUUGUCUGGAGGAUACAUUUGCCGCGAGGGAGGUCGUGCUUUGGUGCCUGGGUAAUCCAGAGAAGCUGCGGGAGUGGGCAGCGGGUGAGAGGGAGGUUAUGGCGUUGAAGAAGGGACGAAAGUAG